CCCUUUUCUAGGAGGAAGGAACUGGGGUGGGGUUGGAGGGGGCCAUUUCCUGAAUCCUUGUUCUCAGGCCAGGUGCCUAGACCAGAACCAGGAAGAAUUUGGGGAGCCAGAGCGAAGGACAGACGGACGGGCAGACAGACGCUUCUCUCUCCCUUCUGCUCACUUGGUUCAGGAGGGUAGAGGCAAGAGUGGGGAGAACCACGGGGACUGACCCGGCCAGGGGAAUGGGGGCUCUCUGGAGCCAGGAGAGACCUCCAGAAGAGGGACAGCCCACUGAGCGGAGCAGAUGGCAGGCCAUGGCCAGGCAGCUGCUCACCACUGUCCUGUUUUUAAGCGUGCUCCUUGGUUCUUGUGUGCUUUUUAUCUACAUCUUCUGGAGCUGUAGACCUCGCACCUGUGACACGCCUGUGUGUCGGCGUCUCCUGGACCAUUACCUGAAAUCUGGGAACAUUAGUGUGGCCCCCUGCACCGACUUCUUCAGCUUUGCCUGCGGAAAGGCCAAAGGUACUCUUGCUGAGGAGAUCAAGAGACAACUUCAGAGAAUACUGGAAUCCUCAGGAUCCUGGCACCCAGGAUCUGAGGAGGAGAAAGCCUUCCAAUUCUACAGCUCCUGCAUGGACACGGAUGCCAUUGAAGCUGAAGGGGCUGGUCCCCUCAGACAUAUUAUUGAGGAGCUUGGAGGUUGGCAAAUAUCCGGUAAUUGGACUUCCUUAGAUUUUAACCGAACUCUGAGACUUCUGAUGAGUCAAUAUGGUCACUUCCCAUUCUUCAGAGCUUACCUGAGCCCUCAUCCCAGCCCUCCACACCAGCUAGUCAUCCAGAUAGACCAGCCAAAGUUUGACAUUCCCCUCGGGCAAGAGCUGGAACAGAAGAACUAUGCCCAGAUCCUACGGGAAUACCUGACUUACCUGAAUUGCCUGGGAAAGUUGCUGGGAGGAAAUCCAAGCAAGGUGCAAGAACAUGCCUACUUGUCCAUCUCCAUUACCUCACAGCUGUCCCGGUUUCUGAGGCCCCCAGGCCAGCAGCGGACCCAGGGAAAGCUCUUCCAGAUGGUCACUAUUGACCAACUGCAGGAAAUGGCCCCGGCCAUCGACUGGUUGUCCUGCCUACAAGCGACAUUCACACCGAUGUCCCUGAGCCCUUCCCAGCUAGUUGUGGUCCAUGACCUGGAUUAUUUGCAAAACAUGUCGAAAGUGUUGGAAAAACAGCUGUUGGAACACAGGGACUUUCUGCAGAGCCACAUGAUCUUUGGGCUGGUGGAGGCCCUUUCUCCAGCCUUGGACAGUAAAUUCCAGGAAGCACGCAGGUUGCUAAACCAGAAAGUGCGGGAGCUGACAGAACAACCACCCAUGCCCACCCGCCCUCGAUGGAUGGAGUGCGUGGAGGAGACGGACGCUGCCUUCAAGCCUACCCUGGCAGCCGUGUUUGUUCGUGAGACCUUCAGCCCGAGCACCCAAAGUGCUGCCAUGGAAUUAUUCACUGCUAUCAAGGAUGCCCUCAUCACUCACCUCAGAAGACUUCCCUGGAUAGAUGAGGAGACCCAGAAAAAGGCCCAAGACAAAGUCACCCAAGUGCAAGUGACGAUGGGGGCCCCAGAAUGGGCCCUGAAGCCAGCGCUGGCCAGACAGGAAUACAAUGACACUCACCUCAGACCCAGCUACCUGCAGUCCUUCCUGAGCAGUGUCCGAUCCCGUCAAGCUAGAAUUAUCCAGAGCUCCUUCCAGCCUUCCCCUCACCACAGGUGGAAGGUAUCCCCCUGGGAGGUCAGCGCCCACUAUUCAUCCUCUGACCAUAUGGUGGCCUUCCCAGCAGGACUCCUCCUACCCCCAUUCUUCCACCCCGGCUACCCCAGGGCCGUGAACUUUGGCGCUGCUGGCAGCAUCAUGGUCCACGAGCUGUUACGCAUCUUCUCCCAGCUCUUACUCCCUGGGUGCUGCCAGGCCUGUGACAACCGUGCUGUACUGCAGUGCCUGGAGAAUCACUAUGCUGCCUUCCCCUUACCUCACGGAAUCUCCUUCAAUGGCUCCCGCACCUUCCAGGAGAAUGUCGCAGACAUGGGGAGUCUGGCCAUCGCACUGCAGGCAUACAAGAACAGGCUCUUAUGGCACUAUGGCGAGACUACCCUGCCCCGUCUGGACCUCAGCCCCCACCAACUCUUCUUCUUAAGCUAUGCCCAGGUGAUGUGUAGGGAGCCCAGCACACAGGAUUCUCAAGACACUCACAGCCCCCCCUCCCUUCGAGUCCAUGGGCCCCUCAGCAACACCCCAGCCUUCGCCAGAUAUUUCUCCUGUCCACGUGGCACCCUCCUGAACCCCUCCCGCCGCUGCCAGCUCUGGUAACCUGGCCACCAAAGAGACCUCAAUGCAGAUGUAUCACCAUCUCCCUGCCCCAUCCGUGGAAUCAGGGCCAUGUCUCCUCUCCCCUUCUUUUCCAAAAAAUAAAAUCUGGCACUUGGCUUCUGUCUGUGUCUUAGAGGCUCGUUCGUGCUGUAUUCUAUGCCUACAAGUCAGAACAGGUAAGAGGAGAAAAUUCC